GGUCCUCCUCCUCUCCUAUCAGAGACACACACACAUACACACACAUAGUCCAAACCCCCAGAAAAGCCCUGCUGAAUCCUCACACCGUCUGUCAGCAUGGGGAACGCUUGUUUUUCCCGGGACGUUUGUUUGUUUAUCCUCCUCAUAAAUACUUGCAGGGUGAUGGGGAAUGUCGGACUUGCAGAUGCAGACGAGUGCGCAGAGGGUUCGGAUGACUGCCACAUCGAUGCCCUCUGCCAGAAUACACCCAAGUCCUACAACUGCAUCUGCAAGCCAGGCUACAAAGGAGAUGGAAAGCAGUGUGAAGACAUGGAUGAGUGUGAGAACGACUACAACGGGGGCUGUGUCCAUGAAUGCAUCAACAUACCAGGAAACUACAGGUGCACCUGCUAUGAUGGAUUCAUGCUGGCCCAUGACGGACACAACUGUCUGGAUGUGGACGAAUGUCUGGACAACAACGGUGGAUGCCAGCAAGUGUGUGUCAACACCAUGGGGAGCUACGAGUGUCAGUGCACAGAGGGAUUCUUCCUUAGCGACAACCAGCAUACCUGCAUCCACCGCUCUGACGACGGGAUGAACUGCAUGAACAAGGACCACGGCUGCGCCCACAUCUGCAGAGAGGCUCCAGGCAAAGGAGGCGUGUCGUGCGAGUGCCGCCCCGGCUUUGAGCUGGCCAAAAACCAGAAGGACUGUACAUUGACGUGUAACUAUGGAAAUGGGGGUUGUCAGCACACAUGUGACGACACAGACACGGGACCAGUGUGUGGCUGCCAUCAGAAAUACGCCCUGCACUCAGACAGCAAGACCUGCAUCGAGAAAGAUGAGGCUGCAAUUGAGAGCUCUGAGUUCAAUGCCACGUCAGUAGCUGAUGUGGACAAGCGGGUGAAACGGCGGCUACUUAUGGAGACCUGCGCUGUGAACAAUGGCGGCUGUGACAGGACGUGUAAGGACACGGCCACAGGGGUGCGCUGCAGCUGUCCCGUGGGAUUCACCCUGCAGCCAGAUGGCAAAACCUGUAAAGACAUCGACGAGUGCCAGGAGAACAAUGGAGGCUGUGAUCACUUCUGCAGGAACACAGUGGGCUCUUUCGAAUGCAGCUGUCAGAAAGGCCACAAACUGCUCACUGACGAACGGACGUGCCAAGACAUUGAUGAGUGCUCCUUUGAGAGAACCUGUGACCACACCUGCAUCAACUACCCCGGCAGCUUCGAGUGCCUGUGCAACAAGGGAUACAUCCUGUACGGUCUCACCCACUGUGGAGACAUAGACGAGUGCAGCAUCAACAACGGCAGCUGUGAGUAUGGCUGCAUAAACACCCAGGGCAGCUACGAGUGUGUGUGUCCGCCUGGACAGAAGCUUCACUGGAACAAGAAAGACUGCAUUGAGGCGGUGAAAUGUCUGCCCAAUGGGAAGCCAGCGCCCCGAGCCCAGCUGACCUGCACCAAGAGCGGAGGGGCAGAGGUGUGCUCGCUGUCCUGCCCCUCCAAUGCCCUCUUCCUCGCAGACUCAGAGAACAGCUACACACUGAGCUGUGGAGUGCCAGUUCAGCCUGGUAAAGCUCCUCAGAAGAGGAACACCACCACUGCCUUACCCACCUGUGCCGACACGCUGACUCCACCUAUCAAACAGAAGGCCAGGUUUAAGAUCAAAGAUGCCAAGUGUCACCUGAGGCCACGCAACAAGGAGAAACACAGAGAGGCAUCCAGGCAGAACCUGCAAGGAGGACAAUUCCCCUGCACUGACAACUGCCAGGUAACUUUCGUCAACCUCAAGUGCGACUCAUCCAAGAAGCGCCGGCGAGGACGCAAAUCGCCUUCGAAAGAGGUUUCCCACAUCACAGCUGAGUUUGAGAUAGAGAUGAAGGAGGAGGAAGCCUCAGAAUCCUGUAAUGUGGACUGUGUGCGGGAGAAGAUGAAGCAGAAGCUGCAGAGCGCGAUGCGAACGCUGAGGAAGUCCAUCAACAAACAGCAGUUCUACAUCCAGUUCUCUGGGACAGAGUAUGAGGUGGCCCAGAAGCCAUCCAGAGUCCCAGAGGGCGUGGAGGCGUGUAGCACCGGGCAAGUCCUACAGGAGGGAAAGUGUGUGAGCUGCGGUGUGGGGACGUUCUACAGCGGAGAGCAGGAGCAGUGUGUCCAGUGUCCUCCUGGGACGUACCAGGACACGGUGGGUCAGCUGUCCUGUGAGCCAUGUCCCAGCACUGAAGGACAGGGUGUCGCAGGAGCCAAGAAUGUGUCUCAGUGUGGAGGUCAGUGUCCAGCAGGUCAUUUCUCUGCUGAUGGGUUUCGUCCAUGCCAGCUCUGUCCACUGGGCUCCUAUCAGCCUGAACCAGGCCGAGUCCUCUGCUUCCCCUGUGGAGGAGGCCUCAUGACCAAGUAUGAAGGAUCAGUCUCUUUCAGGGACUGUGAGGCUAAAGUGCACUGUGCUCCUGGACAUUACUACAACUCCAGUACCCACCGCUGCAUCCGCUGCCCAGCAGGAACCUACCAGUCUGAGUUCGGGCAGAACUACUGCAUCACGUGUCCUGGGAACACCACCACCGACUUUGACGGUGCCACCAACGUCUCCCACUGCAAAAACCAGCUGUGUGGAGGUGAGCUGGGAGAGUACACAGGCUACAUUGAGUCCCCUAACUACCCUGGAGAUUAUCCGUCCAACGUGGACUGUGUCUGGACCAUCAACCCACCACACAAGAGGAGGAUCCUGAUCGUGGUCCCAGAGAUCUUCCUACCCAUCGAGGAUGAGUGUGGAGACGUGCUGGUCAUGAGGAAGAGUGCCCUGCCCACCUCCAUCACCACUUAUGAGACAUGUCAGACUUACGAGCGGCCCAUUGCCUUCACCUCCCGCUCUCGCAAGCUCUGGAUCCAGUUCAAGUCCAACGAGGGCAACAGUGGCAAAGGAUUCCAGGUUCCAUAUGUCACCUAUGACGAGGACUACCAGCAGCUGAUAGAGGACAUAGUGAGAGACGGCAGACUUUACGCCUCUGAGAACCACCAGGAGAUACUGAAGGACAAGAAGCUGAUCAAGGCCUUGUUUGAUGUCCUGGCCCACCCCCAGAACUACUUCAGGUACACGGCACAGGAGUCCAAAGAGAUGUUUCCUCGCUCCUUCAUCAAGCUGUUGCGCUCCAAAGUCACCAGGUUCUUACGGCCGUACAAAUAGACAGGACCUCUCCACUGUCCUGUUACAGACCCCCAUCAUCCUGCGUCAUUCCAAAUCCAGCCCCUACCCCCUUGGUCAAAUGGUUGUACCCGUUCUAUGACUAGACGUCUUCAUUUCUUGUAUUUGUCUUUAAUCCUGUUUGUCACGUGAUGCCUUUCCUCCUCUUAGACACCUUUGAGUAGUAAUACAUGAUGAACUGAGACCCCUCCCUCCAGUGAGUGCAGCUUUUCUAUCGGGUUUGACUGAUAUGAGUGUUUGAAGGCCAGUAUUCAUAGUUUUAUAAAGUAGCAGAAGACACUUGACAUAUUCUAUGUGUAUAUAUUGUUUCUUUAAAUCUAAGCAUUUUAUACCAAACAGGUACAAGUAUUAAGUGUUUUUCUCACUUUGGUACAAUUUAUCAGCUCACCCCAUCUAUAUGCCUCAUCAAUAAGGGAGCAACAUCUGGAAACACUGGUGGCAUUUGUUAUAACUGAAUAUUACAGUAAAUACUGAGUUGACCAUGUUAGAACAAAAUCAAAAAUAUAUGAAAUCAGGCUGUCAUGUUUUCCAAAAGUCAAGUUUGGUCAAAUUUGAACACACAUGUUGCUACGUUAAGAUAGCACCAAUGCUAGCUGUUUCUCCCUCUUUCCAGUCUUUAGCUGUGUCUCAAUUCAGGAACCACAUCUUUCAUAAGACACGUAGCUGUUGUAGACCAGGAAGGCCGAACCGCAAUGAAAUGGUCUAGUCUAAGGAGAACUUCCACUUUGCUUGCACUUACUGUUCUGUCCCAAAGUGCGGCUCCUGUCACCUAGCAAGCUUGACAACAUGUAACUAUUUUUUUUUACAAAAACUUUUAAGGCCAUUGGUUUUAACAG